ACGUUUGCAAAAAAUUAUCUCCAAACAAGGUUAUAAAGUCAUCAUCCACCAUUUUCAUUUUCCCUGCAUGCUCAGAUGGCAAACCCCAUGUCUCUCUUCGUCCUGCAGGUCGUAUCAUUCUUGUUGUUGUAUAUAUUGCUUCUCUACCUUUUCAACGUAAUUCUGAGCAGAUUUCGGCGUGUUCAAGAGUUCUCCGGCCACAAGCCUCCGACGUAUCCUAUAAUAGGAUGUUUGAUCUCAUUCUACAAGAACCGGGGUCGUUUGUUGGAUUGGUAUACUGAACUGCUUGCAGAAUCAGCUACCAACACAAUUGUAGUGCACCGCCUUGGUGCACGAAGAACCAUCGUGACAGCUAACCCCAAAAAUGUCGAGUAUAUGCUCAAAACCAACUUUAACAACUUCCCCAAAGGGCAGCCCUUCACUGAAAUUCUUGGGGACUUUCUUGGUUAUGGUAUAUUCAACGUGGACGGGGAGCUUUGGCGCGCACAACGCAAGUUCGCCAGCCAUGAGUUUUCCGCGAAAUCCUUACGAGAGUUCUUCAUGAUCACAUUGGAGGAAGAAGUAGAGAAGGGGCUGCUACCAAUUUUGGAAUCAUUGGCGGUGACAGCAGAGGUGGUGGAUUUGCAGGAGUUGCUAAGACGGUUUGCGUUCAACAUGGUACUUAAGGUUUCACUAGGGAUUGAUCGAUGCUGUUUAGAUCCUUCUCAACCAGUUCCACCUCUUACAAGAGCUUUCGACGAGGCAUCGGAGAUAUGCGCAAAACGAGGAGCUGCUCCCCUCUUCAUAGUUUGGAAGAUGAAGAAAUGGCUCGGGAUUGGAUCUGAGCGACAGCUUAAGAGCGCGGUUGAAGAGGUUCAUCGAUAUGUUUCUGAGAUAAUCAUCAACAAGAAAAGGAUGAUUGAAGAGGGAGAGAGUCGCAGUGAAGACCUCCUCUCUCGGCUUAUACUGGCCGGCCAUGAGGAGGAGGUCAUAAGAGACAUGGUGAUAAGCUUCAUCAUGGCAGGCAGGGAUACAACCUCAGCUGCAAUGACAUGGCUAUUCUGGUUGCUCUCUUGUCAUCCAGAUAUAGAGAAGGAAGUGGUGAAAGAGACGAGACUUCUAAUGGAAAGAAUGUUAGAUUAUGACUCAUUGAAGGAGUUAAAUCUGUUGAAGGCAUGCCUAUGCGAGUCAAUGAGGCUCUACCCACCCAUAGCCUGGGACUCGAAGCAUGCCGUAGUCAGUGACUUGUUGCCAGACAACACUCCCGUCCGGGCAGGAGACAGGGUGACCUACUUCCCCUACGGGAUGGGAAGAAUGGAAGCGCUAUGGGGCGAGGACUGUUUCAAGUUCAAACCAGACCGGUGGUUUGUUGAGGCAAAUGACAGGAGAGAACUCCAGGAGGUAUGUCCUUGCAAAUUCCCAAUCUUUCAAGCUGGUCCCAGGGUGUGUCUUGGGAAAGAAAUGGCCUUCAUUCAGAUGAAGUACGUGAUGGCUUCAAUUCUUGACCGGUUCAAGAUUAAACCCCUAAGUUCAGCUAGCCCAGUCUUUGUCCCCCUCUUGACCGCUCACAUGGCCGGCGGACUAGAAGUUUUGGUCCAAAAGAGGACUCAGACGACGAGCAUAAACAAGCAAUUAAAUUAGUCAUAAUUUCGAGCUUCUUUUUUUUUCCCUCUCAAUUGUUAAUCUGUAUAUAUAAAUACUACAUGAUUAUAUGUACAGAUAACAUGUGCACAUACACUGAUCUGUACCCCUAAUUAUAAGAAUCAACGUCAUCAAUCAUGGAUGUUAGAUCAA